AGCUGGGUCGGCCUUUGAUUUUCGCGAAGAGAGAGAUAGAGAGAGAACUCCCCUGCGCUUUAUUCCAAUUCAUUAUACUACACUUCUUGUAACUCAGAACGAGGUUGAGAAGACUCUCUCUCUCUCUUCAUUCAUCUUUAUGUCCCCUACAUUGUCUUGUUCUAACAACAGAAUCUCAUAGUAGUAGUAUCACUUCCCUACAUUAGUGUUGUACCUCUCUGUUCCGUUGGUCCCUUUGAAUCUCUGUGUUUUUUUUUCUUAUUUCCUCUGUUUUCUCUCGACUAAACGUGGUAUAGACAAGACAAAAGAAAACACUCCAACUGGGUUCUUUUGAUUUGACCUCGUGUUUCAAUACCCAGAAACCAAAAAGCCAAGAAACUCCGAUUUCCUUCUUUAUUUCAAUUGUUUUCUCUUCAUUACCUAAGUAAAACAGAGGACCCCUUUCUUGUUGUGUUGAGCAAAACAGAGCUUCUUUUCUCUGUUCUUGGCUCUUUUUAUAUCCAGGGAUUAAUUCAAUCCCUGUUUUGGUGCUCUUUUAGAUCAAGAAUUUGUUUACUUGCUUCAGUUCAAUUGUAAGAGAAGCAAGAAACAGGGGUUUUUUUCGUAGUUUUGUACUGUGAAUGAGUGAUAUCUCCAUAUGAAGCUGUGAAACAAUGAGAGAUGAGAACUGCAAGAAAAGCAAGCUUUCAUGGCCUAAGACCCUGGUCAAGAAAUGGCUCAAUAUCAAGAGCAAAUCCGAAGACUUCCAUGCGGACGACGUCGUUCAACUAGGUGGUGAUGAAGAUUGGAGGACCAACUUCUCAGAGAGGGAGGCAUGCACUAUCAAGAAAAGCAGAACAGAUAGAUCAAGUAGGAGGAACUCUGAUCGUGCCCGGCGGAGUAAGAUUGACCUAGAUGCCUCCCUAGUACCAGAUGUGCACAAUUAUAGGAUAUUUGUAGCAACAUGGAAUGUGGCCGGAAAAUCUCCCCCAAGCUAUUUGAAUCUUGAAGAUUGGCUUCAUGCCUCUCCUCCUGCUGACAUUUAUGUCCUUGGGUUUCAAGAAAUUGUUCCUCUAAAUGCUGGUAACGUUUUGGGCACAGAAGACAAUGCCCCGGCUAAGAAAUGGCUAUCACUAAUCCGAAAGACCCUAAAUACUCUUCCUGGCUCUAAUUGUGGUUGCCAAACGCCUUCGCCAAUUCCCAAUCCUAUUGUGGAACUAGAUGCAGAUUUUGAGGGGUCAACAAGGCAAAAGGCCUCAUCUUUCUUCCAUCGUCGCUCAUUUCAGUCCUUAAGUCGUAGCAUGAGAGUCACAGGUAGUGACAUGUCCAUACCACAACCGAGACUUGAUCGUAGAUUCAGUGUUUGUGAUCGCGUUAGUUUUGGGCAAAGGCCAAGUGACUAUGACCCAAAUUUCAGAUGGGGUUCAUCAGAUGAGGAGAUUGGGCCUGGGGAUUCACCAAAUACCACGUAUUAUUCGCCCGGCUCAUGCAGUGGAUUUAUUCCCAUGGAGGAUAGACAUAGAAAUGCAGGGCAAUCAAGGUACUGUCUGGUUGCGAGUAAACAAAUGGUAGGAAUAUUUCUGACAGUAUGGGUAAAGAGAGAUCUAAGAGACGAUGUUCGCAACAUGAAAGUUUCUUGUGUGGGAAGAGGAUUGAUGGGUUAUCUUGGAAACAAGGGUUCAAUUUCGAUUAGCAUGUCUUUGCACCGAACAAGCUUCUGCUUUAUUUGUACUCAUUUGACCUCUGGGCAGAAGGAAGGUGAUGAGCUCAGAAGGAACUCCGAUGUACUGGAAAUUUUAAGGAAGACAAGGUUUCCAAGGGUUCAUGGUACGGGGGACGAGAAUUCCCCUCAAACAAUCCUUGAGCAUGAUCGAAUUAUUUGGCUUGGGGAUUUGAAUUACCGGAUUGCACUAUCUUACCGUUGUGCAAAGGCUCUUGUGGAGAUGCGCAACUGGAGGGCUUUGUUAGAGAAUGACCAGCUUCGGAUAGAGCAGAGGCGGGGACGUGUUUUUGAGGGUUGGAAUGAAGGAAGGAUUUAUUUUCCUCCCACUUACAAAUACUCAAACAAUUCAGACAGAUAUACAGGGGAUGAUAUGCAUCCAAAAAAGAAGCGGAGAACACCCGCAUGGUGUGAUCGGAUACUAUGGCAUGGUAGAGGCCUUCAGCAAUUAUCUUAUGUUCGUGGGGAAUCCAGAUUCUCAGAUCACAGACCAGUAUAUAGCCUGUUUUCGGCAGAGGUCGAGUCUGUCAAUCGUAACCGAACCAAGAAAAGCAUGAGUUGUGCCAGUUCUAGGAUUGAGGUUGAAGAAUUGUUGCCGUAUCCCCAUGGGUAUUCUGGCCUUAGUUUCUAUUAGGGAGUUCAUCCAAAUUCGUGUAAGAUC